UCAGUUCUCACGAUGUUAAAACACAAUCAAAUCAACGAGCAGAGCAGAGGACAGGAAGAAGGAAACGAGCCAGGCGUUUAGCAAAACCCAGAGAGAGAGAGAGAGAGAGACAGGCAGACAAAUGAGCAAUCAUCAUCAUCCUUUCCCAGUUUCCUCCUCCUUCCAAUUCGCCUGCAUCUUGCUCUCUCUACUGCUACUGCCACUGCCACGCCCAGCUCUCUCCCUUUCUCAGUGCACCAAACCCCCUAUCAUCUUCAACUUCGGCGAUUCCAACUCCGACACCGGCGGCCUUGUCGCGGGUAUCGGCUUCCCUGUCAAUCUCCCCAAUGGCCGCACUUUCUUCCGCAGAUCAACCGGCCGCCUCUCCGACGGCCGCCUCCUCAUCGAUUUCCUCUGCCAGAGCGUGAAGACGAGUUUGUUAAACCCUUAUCUGGACUCAGUGGGGACGACGUUCACAAAUGGAGCGAACUUUGCUGUCGUGGGCUCCUCUACUCUCCCUAAAUACGUACCCUUUUCGUUGAACAUUCAGGUUAAUCAGUUCCUUCGCUUUAGGACUCGCUCCCUUCAACUUUUUCACGCAGGUUUUCCAAAUUUGAUCGAUGACCAAGGGUUUCGCGAUGCACUUUAUAUAAUUGAUAUUGGACAAAAUGAUAUUGCUGAUUCAUUCGCCAAGAACUUCUCCUAUACGCAAGUUGUCAGAAGGAUCCCAUCUGUAAUUAUAGAGAUCAAGAAUGCCAUCAAGGCUAUAUACGAUCAAGGUGGCAGGAAAUUUUGGGUCCACAACACUGGACCCUUGGGUUGUCUGCCCCAAAAACUUUCAAUGGUUCAAAGUAGUUCCAAAGAUCUUGACCCCUAUGGAUGUCUUUCAAGUUAUAAUACUGCUGCAAGAGUCUUCAACAGCAAACUACUCCAGUUAUGCCAAGAAAUGAGAUCAGAAAUGAAGGACGCCACCAUUGUGUAUGUGGAUAUAUAUGCCAUCAAGUAUGAUCUCAUUGCCAACUCUAGUAAAUAUGGUUUCUCAAGUCCAUUGAUGGCAUGUUGUGGGUAUGGAGGGCCUCCAUACAACUAUAACAUCAAGGUGCCCUGUGGUCAGCCAGGCCAUCAAGUUUGCAGCGAAGGAGCCCGAUACAUAAGUUGGGAUGGCAUUCAUUAUACAGAAGCAGCCAACACCAUAGUAUUCUCGAAAAUACUUUCUACUGUCUAUUCUACACCUCGUACUCGCUUUGAUUUCUUUUGCCGUGGAUGACAUCUCAGAGAAUAUACAUCUCUCUUAAAAAUGGACCACUUGGCGAUGCCUUUACCUUGUUAGAUUCGUCAGAGACCUUAUCCAAGUAAUAUAUCAUUUAGGCUUAGUCCAGCUUUACUUGAAUAACCGAGGAAGAAGGGCCUGCUGUUGCAAGCCUGUCUUCAGACUCUAGUUCAUCGCGAUCACCGAACAAUUUCAAAUUUUUGUACUAGAUAUCAAAAUGCACUUAUUAAAGAAUUUCCUUUUGUUUCUUGUCCCUGUAUGAAAUUAGGCUCAAUAUUCUCUUUUGUUCUCUUCCUCGAUUGUAAUUAUUGUUGUACUUCUAUCUCUAUCUCUAUGUCUAUGGAUUGAGAUUAAUGAAGCUCAGUUUAGUUA